AUGGAUCAAGUCCAAAAGAAGGCAGAAGAGGAUAAAGCUAAGGCUGCUGCCAAGGUUGCCGAUAUCAACAAGGAUUGGGAUGUAAAGAAGUCACUGUCCGAAGCCAGUACCUCGGGCACAAAAACCAAGGAGAAUGCGCAGCCCAGCGGGCCGCUGGAACAAAGUCAGCAGGCCACUGAGAACGAGUCAGCAUCUGAUCAGCUUGUGCGACACAAUGGAAUCAUCAUGCCCUUCCAACCCAAAAAGAAACUCAAUCUUGAAGAGCAAUUUCGACAGUUCUUGAAUAUGUUCUGUAAAUGUCAUAUUAACCUCCCUCUCGUUGAUGCAUUGCAGGAAAUACCUAGGUAUGCCAAGCUCUUGAGAGAGGCGGUGAUGAAGAAGCAAAAGCUCCAGAAAUCUGAUCUAAAGCUACCUCUUCACUGUAGUGAAAUCAUCCAAAAACAAAGGACUGUCAAGCAGAGGGAUCCUGACCAAUUCAUCAUUCGCUGUUCCAUUGGGAAUGGUAAGGUAGACAAGGCUCUUUGUGAUCUUGGAGCUAGCAUCAACAUAAUGCCUUUGGAGUACUACGAGAAGCUCAACAUUGGGCCACUCAAAUCCACAGAUGUUUGCUUAAGGAUGUCUGACAAUACUGCAACAAAGACGGUAGGGGUAAUUGAGGAUGUAUUGGUAAAGGUUGAUGAUUUUAUAUUCCCCGCCGAUUUCUUUGUUUUAGACAUGAAAGUUGACAAAAAAGUUCAUCUAAUCUUAGGCAGAAACUUUUUAGCCACGUGCAAAGUUCUUAUUGAUGUAAGUAGAGGAGAAAUCACAAUAAGUGACCAUGGAGGAAAGUCAACUUACUACAUCGAGAGUGCAAUGCUAAAAGAUGAAGAGACGAGGAGAGCAAAGAAAGAAGAUGAAUGCAGGGUGGUCGUGAUGACUGACAUGUCGAAGCCUUAUUGGCCACUAGAAGGGGAAGAUCUUUCUAACCCUUCUAUUUUCAUUGUUAAUACUUUACCUCAAGCUCCUAAAAAGAGCAAGCCUAUGUUAACUAAGGCUCCCUUGCAGGAAAAACCCAAGAAAAAUAAGAAGAAGACUCCACCUCUAGUCGACCUUGAAAUCUAUGUCAUCAAAACCGGCAAUGGGAAAUUCAAAUGGUGGAAGAAAGUUACCAACAAGUUGGUCCCAUUCGCUGUGGCCGAGACUAAGAGUGUUGGUACAAAGGCAUCCAAAGGAAUCCUAACGAUGAGGGAUAACUCAUGA